GGCGCGGAGCCUCUUUGGGGGGGGCGGGGGGGGCGCGGGACCCGCAGUGUGGGUGCGCAGCCGUUCGCCCGCGGCGUGGCGGGGGGCAGCGUGGGCAGGGCCUCCUUCCGUGGGGCAGGGUUAGCCGCUACCGGCAGGUCAGUUAGGGCCGGAGUGGCCCCCCCUCCCCGGCCGUUGCCCAUGCGUGCGUGUGCGCGCUGAUUACGGUAAUUUUGAGGGCGAUGUUGCAACGGGGCAGAGUGUGCGCGGCGGCCCGUGCUGAACUUUAUAACGCUCCUGCAUGUCAACCGCCCUCGAUAUUGCGUCCAUAAACGGGUCAGCGGGAGCGGCGGCCGGCCUCGCCGCCCUCGCCGCCUCCCUCCUGCCUCCGUGCCGCCCGGCCAGGAAGGGGAGUUAUUUGGGAUUACAGCGGCAGCCGGCAGCCCAGUCACAGCCUCAGCGCUGCCGCGCCGCGCCCGGGCUCUCGGCAGGGAGCGAGAUGAGGGGCAAAGAGGAGAAGUCGUCGCUGAAAGCUUUCAUGAAGCAGAGAAGAAUGGGGCUAAACGACUUCAUUCAGAAGAUAGCCACCAACUCCUAUGCAUGCAAGCACCCUGAAGUUCAGUCUAUAUUGAAAAUCUCCCAGCCUCAAGAGCCUGAACUUAUGAAUGCUAAUCCUUCUCCUCCGCCCAGUCCUUCACAGCAGAUCAAUCUUGGUCCGUCGUCCAACCCACAUGCCAAACCAUCAGACUUCCAUUUUUUAAAAGUGAUUGGAAAAGGCAGUUUUGGGAAGGUUCUCCUUGCACGGCAUAAGGCAGAAGAGCAGUUCUAUGCUGUUAAAGUCCUGCAGAAAAAAGCAAUCCUGAAGAAGAAGGAGGAGAAGCACAUUAUGUCAGAGCGCAAUGUCCUGCUGAAAAAUGUGAAACACCCCUUCCUGGUUGGGCUUCACUUCUCCUUCCAAACUGCAGACAAAUUGUAUUUUGUCCUAGACUACAUCAAUGGCGGAGAGUUGUUCUACCAUCUCCAGAGGGAGCGUUGCUUCCUGGAGCCAAGAGCCCGAUUUUACGCUGCUGAAAUUGCCAGUGCACUGGGCUACCUGCACUCCCUGAAUAUUGUUUAUCGCGACUUGAAGCCGGAGAAUAUCCUGCUCGAUUCACAGGGGCACAUUGUCUUGACUGACUUUGGACUCUGCAAAGAAAACAUAGAGCACAAUGGCACGACCUCCACCUUCUGCGGCACACCGGAGUAUCUUGCUCCUGAAGUUCUUCAUAAGCAGCCCUAUGACCGGACUGUGGACUGGUGGUGCCUUGGAGCAGUCCUGUAUGAGAUGCUGUAUGGCCUGCCACCCUUCUACAGCAGGAACACGGCAGAAAUGUACGACAACAUCUUGAACAAACCCUUGCAGCUGAAGCCAAAUAUCACCAACUCAGCCAGACAUCUCCUGGAAGGCCUCUUGCAGAAGGAGAGGACAAAGAGGCUUGGCGCCAAGGAGGACUUUAUGGAGAUUAAGAAUCACAUCUUCUUCUCCCCAAUUAACUGGGAUGAUCUCAUUAAUAAGAAGAUUACACCCCCUUUUAACCCAAAUGUGAGUGGCCCCAGUGACCUGCGACACUUCGAUCCGGAGUUUACAGAUGAGCCAGUCCCCAACUCCAUCGGCCAGUCCCCAGACAGCAUCCUCAUCACCGCCAGCGUCAAAGAAGCCGCUGAGGCUUUUUUGGGCUUUUCGUAUGCCCCACCCGUGGACUCUUUCUUGUGAACAUUUUUCUUUCUUUCUUUUUGAAUAAUAAUAACUAUUAUUUUUAUUUUUGUUUGGCCUUCUGGUGGAACUGCCAGUUGACCAGUCAUCUUGAAAGAGAAUUUGCACAUUUCCACCAUGGCAGCUUUGCAGCCUUAAUUUCAACUACACUGUUUGCUGGAAGCUUUUUUGAAGAGCACAUCACUCUCUAAUUGAGCUUUACAGGCUUUUCAUUUCCAUUCGUUCUUCCCCCAAAGUGGUGCUGUCUCCUUGGGAAAGAAAAACAAGAGUGACUGCUGCCAUAGAGUGCUACGGCAGAUCGUAGGAGUAAGAGCAAGCUGUUUUGAAAUUGUGCUCCGAAAAGCCUUGCCUGAAGAUCUAUCUGAGCGUGAUAAGGAUUUUAUGAAAUGUGCCUUUUUCUGAUGAGAUCUUGUGAGCUCCAAAGCUUUCCCUGUUGCAGAGUGUGUUUCUCAGUUCAUUUAUGUGGGUUUACUAUGUGAACAAAUGGUAUGCGUGUGGUCUGCGUACUACAGAUGGACUUAGUUUAAAGCAUCAGUGUGACACUUGCAGGAUACCACAAUGUGGGGCAUUGUUUGUUUCUUCCAUAUUUGGAAGAUAAAUUAAGUGUAAUUUUGAAAUUUCUUUUGUAAAUCUAUACAGUCAACUAAAAUUAUUGAAAUGGGCUCACAAUUACUUGUGUCCAAAUGCUUGAAGAAAGCAUUGCUGCUAUGAAAAAAGAUUUAUAUUUUUUAGAAAGGGUUUUUAUGGACCAAAUGCCCCAGCUGCAGUCGAUCAAAGCUGUUGGUUUCUUUUUUUUUUUCUUUUUUUCUUUUUUUCGCCUUUUUAGUUUAAAAGUUGUCAUCUGUAAAAUGGGCAUUAUUUAUGGUUUUGGGGUUUGGGGGUUUUUCAUUCCUGAUUGUAUGUAUUGUAAAAAAGAUCUGUACAUUCAGUUGUAACUCUAGAUGUAUAUUUAAACUUACAGACUUACUUGUAAUGUAAACCAUCAUUGUAAUGUAAUAUAAUUAACAUGGUUAUAUGUAUCAUAUUUUUUGGUGACCAAACCCAUUGGUUUGCAGUAAAAUCCUGAAAAA